AUGUUAAGUGGUAUAAGGAUUACGCCAUUGAGGAGGGCAAGCCGGCUUCUAUUUGCCCAACAAUACUCAUCCAAGUCAAAUCCAACGGCUCUGAAGUGGCAGAAGGAUAAUACUGAAGAAGAGCAGGAGUCUAAUUCUAAAUCCAAGACAGAUGUUAAAGAUCUUCGCUCAAAAGUCGAGGCUUUAAAAGUAAGCGAACCAGAGACUGUAACAACUAAUGACAAAGGUACCUCUUCGAAAAAGAGAAAGGCAGAGAAAUCUUUUCUAGUUCCCCAGGUACCUUCCACCGAUUAUUUACCUAGAGAAGAUUUGGAGACUGAAGGGUUGUUCGCAGGUUACAAACCGUUAUUUUUGGGGAAUUCUCCGUUGGAAAGUAACAAUAACGAUGUUCUCUUGGAUGGUCUUUUCUCUUCCAUUAGAAAGCUGAAGAAUGCACAGAUAAACUCUGAGAACAACACCGUGGAGAUCGACGUAUCGGAUAUGCUAGAUGAUCUUAAGAAGGAUAACCAAGAGUAUCAGAGGCUACAUGAAAAGGCCCCCAAGAUUCCAUGGGAUGCAUCCAUCAGUGGAUUAGUUUACAACGAUGAGCCUUUCAAAGGCGUACCAAGAUCUGUUGUAUCAAAGCUUAAACCUUUUAAGCUUGUAAGAGUAGAGAAAAAGAACAGCAAAGAUAAGGAGGCUAAGAAUGAUAAGAUUAAGCUGAAAUUCCAUGGUACACGGAUAAAAGAUGAUUCAACGAUGGUCGAUUUAAUUCAAGAGACAAGCAAGAAAAAGGAAAGAGACAACGCCUUUGGUACAACAGGUAACGAUGUAGCACAGGGGACUAAAGUGAAGUAUGAAACGGAAAAGAUUGACUAUACUUAUAAGUUUCAGUUUAUCGGUGCGGAUCAGAGAAUAUUCAAAAAUAACGUAUCAAAAUUGACAAGGCUUUUCAUGAAGGAGUUUAUGAAGGUAAGGAAUGUCAGGCUUGCAUCGGAUUUCAAAGAAAACUACCUACCUCUUUACAUUUACGUAGAUCAUUCCACACAAUCACGAAGUAUGUUCAAAAGGUAUCUACGGAGGAAGAUAAUAGAUUACAUUAGACCACUUCUAAUGACACUAUCACAUAGUUAUGAAACGAAGGAGCAAGGUAGAAAGUUCGAAAGAAGAAUCAUGUUAAAAGUAGAUUCAAUUGUCAAUACGCUUUCGGAAUAUUUACCAUCAGUUUACUUCAAAUCAGAAGAAGUGGAUUGUCUGCUAUUGCCUAGUCCCGUAUCUGCGUUUGGAAGGAUGCAUUGGUUGAAACCCACUAAGAGGCGCAACGUAUUUUGGGGGAAAAAUGUCACCAACGACUACGUUUUCAACCUAAGCUAUGAUAUGAAGGUGACACGUAGCGGCAUUAAAAGAAUGAGAUACCCGAUCAAUCUUCAUUGGAAAUCUUUCAAUAAUGCAUUUACAGAAUGGGAAUAUUCCUAUUUGUGA